AAUUCCACAAACAGUAAUCUCAACUGGCAAGGAAGAAGAUAAUGUGAUUUUGGUACACCUAGUUGAAGAAGAUUGAUUGAAUCGAAGCUAAGUGGAGAAAACAUCAUCCUUCUAUGGCGUUGGGCUUACUGGGAAUUCCUCCUCUUCCAUUUCCAGCUCCCCCAAAUUCCUCUCAAAAUCCCUUACCCUUCACUUCCCGAAGAGCCAUUCUGUUUUCCCCAGCUGCUUUACUCCCUUCCCUCCUCGCUUUUCCUCUUCCCACUCACGCCGCUCUUCCCCAACUCCAAGACCACCUUCUACAAGAAGAAGAUAGAACCGUUUCCCUUUUCCAGGAAACUUCGCCUUCCGUCGUUUAUAUUAACGACCUUGAAUUACCUAAAAACCCUCAAGCCCCUUCUCAACAACCCAUGCUUAUCGAGGAUGAUAAUCUCAAGGUUAAAGGGACUGGUUCGGGUUUUGUUUGGGAUAAAUUUGGCCAUAUCGUUACCAAUUACCAUGUUGUUUCUGCAUUGGCUACUGAUAAUAGUGGAUCACAGCGUUGUAAGGUAAACUUAGUCGAUGUUAAAGGAAACGGAAUCUAUAAAGAGGCAAAGAUUGUUGGUUUUGAUCCAGAGUAUGAUCUAGCUGUUCUUAAGGUGGAACUUGAAGGACAUGAACUAAAGCCCAUAGUCUUCGGUACCUCUCGAAAUCUACGUGUUGGUCAAAGCUGCUAUGCCAUUGGCAACCCUUUUGGGUAUGAGAAGACACUAACAGCAGGGGUGAUCAGCGGAUUGGGUAGAGAAAUUCCAUCACCAAAUGGAAGGGCCAUAAGGGGAGCUAUUCAGACAGAUGCUGCUAUUAGUGCAGGAAAUUCAGGGGGGCCUUUGGUUGACUCGUACGGUCAUGUUAUUGGAGUCAACACAGCAACUUUCACUCGCAAAGGAACUGGAAUGUCUUCUGGUGUCAACUUUGCUAUACCAAUAGACACAGUUGUACGGACUGUGCCAUACCUUAUUGUUUAUGGAACACCUUACAGUGAGAGAUUUUGAACAAAAUUUAACUGUCUCAAGGGAACACAGCAAACUCCUCUCCCCAAGACCAUAUACCACAUUGUAAAUGACAUUUUGCUAAUUGAAACGAAUUUGCUCUCUCAAGUGUAAUAUCCUCGAGCAUUCAACAUCUUGGUCUUGAUUGUGAAUAGUUAUUUGCUGUGUGUUAUUCUUCUCUCUUUGUAGGGUAAUUGUAUUAUUGAAGUAGUGUUGAUAAAAUACAAUGGAAAGAGUUUGAAUGAUGGAUGGUUUGCUUACAAUGUA